AAAGAGAGAGGGUAGCAAAGAGAGAGAGGGAGACACACGGACACAACAGCAGCAGCCGAGCUGUGGACAAGUGGGAUCGGCCCGUGGCCCCCGUGCUCCUGAGAAGUCGUCCCCGCUCCUCUGUGCGCACUUUGGCCGGACUGAGAGGAAGGUCACGAGGAAAAUAGAGGGGAAAGUGCCACCGGCGCUACCUGCUGCGACCACAGUCAACCAGGAGUCACCUGCCGGGAGGCAAAAGUGCAUUUUAAGCGUAGUUGUAGGAACACGUUGGAGUCGUGGCAGAUGGUUUAUAAGAAGCUCUUUUUUUUAAAGGACAAAGGGCCCUUCGUGUCACUUUUUGCACUUGCGCGUCCAGCAAAGGAGGUCUUACAAAAAUUAACGUAUUUAUUAUUUUCAGGCUUUACUUGUAACUGAUGUCAUGUGUUUUGGGAAGUGGGACGCAGCUGUUUGGAUGGACAGGCACUUCAGCUGAGAGAGAGUGAAAGACACGAGACUUCCUUCAGAGUGUCUGCUAAAAAACAGCGAAGGCAGAAGGAAGAAGCCUCCAGCAGACGCAGGGACAUGGAUGGUAUCGCUGUCUUUGAAAUCCGUGUGUCGGCGCAGUCUGCAGAUUGGGUGCACAGCGCGUCUGAGCCGUGACAGUUCAUCAUGACAGAGAAUCCAAACUGCACCUGAGCGCGAAUGUAACGUUACCGGAGCCCACUCCACUACAGGAUCCACGAUGUCCUCAGUCCAGACGAGCAGGUACUGGCUUAUCUGCAGCGGCCCACGGGCUCUGUCGGAGACAAAGAUGAAGCCAUGCAGUCAUUCCACAGACGGACGCUUUCUAGUGUCAUGGACCAGGAAGCUGACUCUUUGCCAGGCCCUGACCUUUGUCCUGCUGCUGGUCCUUCCCGUGUCCCUGUCCUCCCCGCAGAGUCCCUCUUGGAUUUCGGCGUGGGGUCCUAACAGCAACGAUUCGUCGGUGCGUCCAGCUCGCACACGGAGGCAGCUGCACUUCAGAAAUGAGUGGGCAACAUGGAGCGGCUGGUCUGUGUGCUCACGCACCUGUGGGGGCGGAGCAUCUGUGAGGUCACGCACCUGCAUCACAAGGAAUCCAGUGGGUGGACCAUGUGCAGGAGAUCCCAGACAGUACAAGAUCUGCAACACCAAGGACUGUCCCCCUGGCUCGGAGGAUUUCCGAGAGAUGCAGUGUGCUGCCUUUAAUGACAGGCCGCUGGUGGCUGGCAACUCCUUCAGAUGGACCACCUUUCAUGGAGGCUCUAACCCCUGUGAACUCAGCUGCUUGGCCUUGGGUCACAACUUCUACUUCAACUUUGGCCGAGUGCUUGACGGCACAGCCUGCGACAAGGACUCAGGAGCAGUGUGUGUGAACGGACGCUGCCUGAAACCUGGCUGUGACUUCAUCUUAGGCUCAAAGCAGCAGGUGGAUGCCUGCAUGGUGUGUGGCGGACACAACGCCACCUGCCUACACCACAAGAGUGUGUACCAGAGCAACAGUCUGGAGGCAGGCGGGCCUUUUGGAUACAAUGAAGUGGCCAUGAUCCCUGCUGGAGCAACUCACAUCCGAGUCACUGAUAACAGCAGGAAUUAUCUUGCCCUGCAGAAUGGACGCUCCCAGUUUUUGAUUAAUGGAAACUGGAAGAUCAGCGUUCCAGGCGAGUACAGUGUAGCAGGGACUAAGCUGGUUUAUCGGCGCUCAGCAGACACCUGGGAAAGCUUUGAGGUGCCAGGACCCACCCAGGAAGACCUUCAUCUAAUGGUUCUGGCAACAGACAGAAACCCGGGGAUUGAGUACGAGUAUUGGCUCCCACCAGACCAGUAUGCUCUCUUCCACGGGAGGAGGAGCCCACUGCGACAGGCUCACCAUACUGCCAGCUACUUACCCUGGAGUCAGCCCACUGCUUCAGCCACAACCACCACUACCAGGGUUCCACAAAACACCCCCCGACCUCACUGGUUUUUACAGCCAGUGAAGCCACCACACCACCAGCGUCCCCACCAGCCCAUCCUGCCUCGUCUGGAGCGGGACGAGAACCGUAGAAAUUUCCUCCCUCAGCCCUCACCUGAAAGGCAUUGUGGCAAAUGCCAGCGGGUUAAAGGUCGACGAGAACGCCAGAGACAGUAUUGCCAGAAGGACUUUGUUUUCCGGGCAAGAGUCCUUUUGAAGCUGCAACGAGGUGAGGAAACUCGUUACGACGUCCAGAUCAUCCACACCUACCGGAACCGGUUCCGCCUGGAGCACCGGGAGUUCCUGUGGGUCCCUAAUGUGUGCGACUGCCCUAACCUGGAAGUAGGGAAACAGUAUAUCUUUAUGGCGCGACGUCACAUUAAUUAUGAGCGCACAUUAAACCGAAUUCUGCUUGAAGAGGAGAGCUAUGUGGUGCCAUACAGACCCAGAGAGGAUGAACUGUUAUGGCCGCUUGAAAGGCUCUGCAGCAACAGAGGACCCAAACAGAACUGAGGAGAUGAGUGUUGUCGCACGCUUUACUCAGAUAUAACAUUUCUGGACCUUUAAACCAACAUCAGAUUCCUUGUGAUGCAUGUAUUCCAGAAAUACUGAGAGUCCACGAUUAUUUAAAAGCCUGAUCAGCUUACUGUACAAUUUAGAGCACUUUAGGUGACACUUGUGCCACCUUUAAAAACACCAAAGAGAAAAACUGACUGAAAUGGCCUUUUUAUUGUGGCUAUUUCCCACAGCCAUCAUAUAUUUUUAUAUUAUAUUUGUUUUUGUGUAAAAGAAGAAUCCACUUUGAAUAAUUUUCUCCUUUUUCUCUUUAGUAUUUCUGAAAAAAUGCCUAAAAACCAGAAUUUUGUAUGACAGGAAGCACAUGGCGAUGGCUGUGGUUUCAAAAUAACUUCUGAUCCUAUCAAAGUCUGUGGGAGAAUGGCUCAGUCACCUAUUUUGGGUUGUUCUGAAUAUAUGUUUUGAUCUGUUUUGUAAAUCUUUGUCAUACUAUUUUCAAAUAGCAUAUGUGAUAUGAAACCUCCAGCUCAUUGGCUAGCGAGAUGUCAUCAAGGGUUGAUCGACAGCACCACAACGAUAAGUCAAAUUCAACUUAUAGGUUCAUUACAGCAUCGAGACAGCAACUUAGAUUACAGAUAUCCGAAGAUAUUAGUGGUGACGAGGUUUUAAAAAAUUAGAGCUUUCAUUAAAUAUUACACUAGGUCAAAUCAAAUAAAGACACUUCAUUAUGAGAAAGGGGACAGAAUGCAAAGCUGGGUUUCCAACAAUCACGUUUUCAGAUGCUAAUCCUGGGAUGUUGAUGAAAACAAUCUCACCUGGAAUAAGGUAUACUGUGUGUGCCAAACUCAGCUCUGUGGAGCAGCUGCUGCUCACCUGCUUUAGACUAGUCAUAGUGCGAGAGGCGGGGCACACCCGGACAGGUCGCCAGUCUGUAAGUGGGCUGAGAAGCGGGGUACCAUAAUAACAAGCCAUAAUUAGUGAACAUGAGUGGACCGAUAUCAGAUGAACAACUGAAGGUUGUUCACCAGUGCAUUAUUGAGGCACUGUAAAAUAUUUAAUCCCAACAAUGGGGCUGUUUCAUUGUCUUUUUUUCUUUUUUGAAAUAAUUUAUCUGAAUUUCAGGAGUGGGACCACACCUCAUACACUUCCCCUCUGGUCCCAUGGUUGUAUGGUUUUCUUGCACAUUUCCUUUCAUUUUCACGCUUGACAACCCACACAAUGCUUGGCCCAGAAGCUCCUGCCAGUUCUCCCUGAGGCCUUCCCCAGUCCACAGACUCAGGUCUAGCUCUGAGGCCUUCCCCAGUCCACAGACUCAGGUCUAGAGCUAUCUUUAUUCCAUCUGCCACUCUCUUUAAA